UAAAGAGGCUCUCUCAGUAGGUACUCGUUUUAUCUCGUUCGAGAUAAGCAAAGGUGUUACUCGUAAAUUACUUUAUUUUAAAAAGUUAAGCUUCCAUUAAACUGAGACAGACAAUAGUCUUCCGAGGUUCACCACUACUUUUGGAUAUAUUUAAUUUUUUUUACCUAUCUAAAAUGAACCGAGUUUGGAUUUUUACAGUGUUUAUAUUAGGCUUAUUGUGCGACGUCAGUGAAGGCACCUGCUCGGCUCGCGGACGGUUCCCCAACGAGAACGUGCCCAACUGCCAAGGAUACACCAUGUGUCUCCAAGGCGCCCCAGGGGUUUACACGCAGCUCGAUCUCAACUGUCCCGACAACUUCGUCUACAGCCAUAUAGACAACCAGUGCACGAACGUGACCAGCUACCAGUGCUAUCCAGAGUACAAAUGCGUUAGCGUAGGAAACUUCGAGGGAAGCAAGGACAAAAAGUGCACUAUGUAUGUUGCUUGCGUGCAAGGGUUAAACCAACUCACUACCGCCAGGCUAAUACAGUGCCCCGAAAACACUCUCUUUAGUCCAGAACAAGGUGCUUGUGUGAGCAACACAACGUUUACCUGUGAAAACGAGGCAAAACCGGACGUUAUUGAUGUUAUGCCGAGUCAGGAGUCCAGUAAUACCUCUACAAAUAAUGCACUGAAUCUGUGCUCAAAUUAUGCUGUACUUAUUUAUUUAAUUGCUAUUGUAGCUGUAUGAACAAAUUAUAUUUGAGUAUUUUUGUUAUUAUUAAGUAUAUAAUUGUUUUUAUUGUUGUUAUUUGGGCGUCCGCAGAUAAUUUAUUUCAUCAAUAAAUAAUCUUAAGGGAA